AUCCCAGGCCUGGAGGAGGUACGGCUGGCCCCAGCCAUGCGGAACCGGAAUGGUGCCGUGUGGAGCAGGACCCCCGUCCUCUUCUGUGCCUGGGAGGUGGAAAUGCAGAUGAGGGUGACUGGGCUGGGGCGCCGGGGAGCCCAGGGCAUGGCCCUGUGGUACACCCAGGGCAGGGGCCAAGUAGGCUCUGUCCUGGGGGCGCUGGACUCGGGGUACAGCAUCGGGACCCUCUUCGACUCCUCGGCUGAGGAUACCCAGAACAGCCCUGCCAUCUGUCUGCUGGCCAGUGAUGGGCACAACCCCUACGAGGCGCUUGGGGAUGGAGCCAGCCGGGUGCUGGGCUCCUGCCACCAGGACUUCCGGAACCGGCCUUACCCCUUCAGAGCACAGAUCACCUACUGGGGGCAGAGGCUGCGUGUGUCCUUGAACAGUGACCUCACUCCCAGCGACCCAGAUGAGGUCUGUGUCGAUGUGGGGCCCCUGCUUUUGGCCCCUGGAGGUUUCUUGGGGGUCUCGGCAGCCACCAGCACCCUGGCAGAUGACCAUGAUGUCCUGUCCUUCCUGACCUUCAGUCUGCGUGAGCUGCGUGCAGAGCCUCCCCCGCAGCCCUUCCUGGAGACAGAGCAGCUCCGCCUGGCAAGGCAGCUGGAAGGGCUGCGGGCAAGGCUGGCCCUGGGCACCAAGGAGGACAUGAUUCCAACGCCGAACUGUGAAGUCCGGGAAGAGGGGGAAAGAAGCUUUGACCUGGAGGAGACACUGCACAGACACAGCCAGAUCCUGCAGGCUCUCCAGGGUCUCUCCAAGCACUUGGCACAGGCUGAGAGGAAAUGGAAGAAGCCUGGUGUCCCAGGCCAGGCCAGGCCAGAGAAAGCCUGGAAGGAAGAGAGCUGCAAAUCCCUGGGCAAGGUGAACUCUGAGAAGAGAGGGGCUGUGCCCUGGGCCCUAGAGAAGAGGCUGGCACUCCUGCAGGACUCAGCUAAGGUCAGUGCCCUACUCCGUGGACAGCGGACUCUGCUCCAAGACCUGCAAGAGAUGAGGGAUGCAGCUGCUCACAUGGUCUCAAGAGCCCAGGUCUUCUAUCUGCCUGUGGGCACCAAGCAUCAUUUCUUAGAGCUGGCCCAGAUCCUGCGCCUUCUGCAGAAGGACCUGCGGGGUCCACUGAAAGCGGCAGCCAAGGACUCCUGCCCACCUGGUCGGCCCGCAGGGGUUUCCUCACGCCUGCAGCCUGGAAUCUUCCUGUUCUUCCUCCUCAUCCAGACUGCAGGCUUCUUCUGCUACGUACACUUCAGGUGGGAGCUGGACAAGAACAUUCAGGACUAUUUGUCCACAGGCAGCCUUCCUUUGAGUCCUGCACCACAAGUCCCUAGGACCCUGGGAGAGGCAGCCCCUCUCCCCCAGCAUACAUGGGUGACCUACCUCAACGCCCUGAAGAAAUGUCCACUUCUCAUCACUAGGAAGUCACUCUAUGUCUGGGAGGUGGAGAGCUUGGCCAGUGUCCUCUGCCUCUGGACGGUAGCUGAGAGUGGGCUCCAAGCAGGCAAGGAGGCCAAGGGCUGGCUUGACUGA